CUGAAAGAAUUCUUGCAUUAGAAUAAUCGUCUAUUAUAUUUGUUGCAGUGAAGUUGGCCACACAAACAUUCACUAACAAAUUCACGCUUUUGUCUUCCGGAGUAUCACCCAUGUUUAGUUUCUAUUUUUAUAUUAUUAUAUAUGUAUCCAUUUCUAUUUCAUUAUAUAUUUUUUUUUAGAUACUAAAGAGUACAAAGAGGAAGCUAAGCAACCUCAGCCGGAAAUGCUGUUGCAGCUGCAGCAGCAAAUACUUGAUAUACAAAAAAACAUCGAAAUGUUAAAAGGAAAACAUGAUGGAUAUAUCACGGCACAGGCACAGCGGUCGCCGCUCUUAGAUUUGUACGAGCCUGAUGAGCCACAUGAGCAUAUAGUAAGUCGUUUUAUUACGUUCCUGUUUUUCCGUUACUUCUGUAGCGACUUCGUCGCUACCAUGCCCUUGCAGGAAUUUAUUGCCUUUUUGAAGGAGAGGCUUGGGCGAGCCUGGUUAAGGUCGAGUAUAAAACAAAUUCAAUACCACAUGACUGGGAUGGCUGUCAUAGUAAUCGACGAUGCAGACGCCGCGGAGAAAGAAAAGGCCGCAGCGGGCGGCGGGCGACGGGCGGCCAAUUAUUGUUGA